GUGGCGGGAUGUUUUGGCGCACGUAAACAGUGGAUUGGAGGUUUGGAGUGGAUUGAAUGAGCCAUCUGAGCUGCAUACAGAGUGGGAAGACGGCAUCACGGCGGUGACAAAAUGACACGCAAGUUCCAGAGUAACAUCUUGACCUUAGAAGGCAUCACCGCAAGUGGAUCCUCAUUCCAUCCUGACGUGAGUUGAUCUUCAUAGAUGAGGCUGGGUUCCACCUGGCAAAGACCAGCAGGAGGGGAAGAAACGUCAUUGGCCACACAGCCAUUGAAGAUGUUCCUGGCCGACCUGAGUGGAAGAGAACGGAUCCUUUUCUCCACAGCGUCCUUCGUGGGGCUGGACCGGACCGAACCGUGCACCGACAGGGAUGUGGAGCCGGUACCUGUCCUACCCACUAUCACCUGUGACACUCUCGGCAGUGCGCACUCAUUCCGCCCACUCAGCCGGUGAACCCACAUAGGCCAUGCUGAGACAAGUCCUCCUCAACUCCACCCGCACCCCCCACCUGGACCUGGUGCUCAUGGCCCAGUCCUCUACCAGCGCUCCCUCCACCGUCAACGUCUCCCAGGGCAGCUUAGUGAGCGUGGCCACGCUGCUGAGGCCCACGGCGGGCCGAGGGGGCGCAGGAGGAGGAGGUGGCGGCGGGCUCCGAGACGGCGAGCUCCACAAACCAGACCUCCUCACCUACAUUGUCAUGUGCCUCCUGCUGUUCCUGCUGGUGCUGCUCAUCGUGUUCUUCAUCAACUGCCAGCUGAGGAACUCGUUCUUCGCCUCCAUGCCAUAUGACAGGUCACUGAGAGAGGCCCGGACGUCCUACAAGUAGGCUCUUGGAAUGCUGGAACUUUACCGUGGAGGUUCUUGGAGACACUGACUUGUCUGGAUAGGAAUCCCAAAUGAUGAUGACAGUGAGUAUGGACCUACUGCAGGUUAGAGGACAACACACUUGGACAUUGGACCAUUAUUUGGAACAGACUUUCAUUUGAUUUGAUUUCCUUGAGACACAUUAACUUGAUAGUAUUUUAUGCUGCAUUCAAGACUCCUGGGAAGUUGGAAGUGUCGUACAAAAAGCAUGGACACUGACCUUGAUAUGCUAGUUUUCCUUUACUUUUUUCUGUCUAUUUUUUUUUUUUUGGAAGACUUUUUGGCCAGUAUUUUUAGCUUCUUUUUUAGCUUCUUAACAUUCAGACUUACUGAACAUACACUAUCCGGUUUAUUUGCUUUGUGUUGGUGUAUUUUUAACUUAGUUUUCUCAAUCUCAAUCUGUACAUGCCAAAAAGCAUGUACAGUGUUCCCUCAUUUAUCACUCUUAGUUGGUUCCGCAAAGUAGGAUACCUUCUUCAUAAAUUGUUAAAGUUAUAAAAGUUAAUAGUAUAGAAAACAUUAUUUUACAUGAUUUAACAUUAUUAAAGCCCUCCAAGACAUGAAAUAACACCCCUACAGUCACAUUUGCAUUGGUAUGACUUGAGGUAAGAGUUCGUUAUAAAAUAUUUUUGUUUUAAUUUUUGAUGUUAUAAGACGGGGCGGCAUGGUGGUCGAGUGGUUAGCGCGCAGACCUCACAGCUAGGAGACCAGGGUUCAAUUCCACCCUCGGCUAUCUCUGUGUGGAGUUUGCAUGUUCUCCCCGUGAAUGCGUGGAUUUUCUCCGGGUACUCCGGUUCCAAAAAAACAUGCUAGGUUAAUUAGCGACUCCAAAUUGUCCAUAGGUAUGAAUGUGAGUGUGAAUGGUUGUUUGUCUACAUGUGCCUUGUGAUUGGCUGGCCACCAGUCCAGGGUGUACGCCGCCUCUCGCCCGAAGGCAGCUGUGAUAGGCUCCAGCACCCAGGAAAGUGAGGAAAAGCGAUCGAAAAUGAAUGAAUGAAUGAGUUCUCCUCCUAUUUUGUGUGGAAGUGGUAACUUUUUGGCUUCUUAUUUUGUCUUUCCCCACCCUCGGCCAUCUCUGUGUGGAGUUUGCAUGUUCUCCCCGUGCAUGCGUGGGUUUUCUCUGGGUACUCCGGUUUCCUCCCACAUUCCAAAAAAACAUGCUAGGUUAAUUAGCGACUCCAAAUUGUCCAUAGGUAUGAAUGUGAGUGUGAAUGGUUGUUUGUCUAUAUGUGCCCUGUGAUUGGCUGGCGACCAGUCCUCUCGCCCGAAGACAGCUGGGAUAGGCUCCGGCACCCCCCCAGGGGGGGCCCUUUAGUCUACAUCUCAAUGUCCAGUUAGACCUGGUUGGGUUAAAUGGCAAUAAAAGACCAAUAAACAUGUAAAUAUCAUUAUAGUAUUUUAUUUUUCAGUUCCAUUCCAACAUCUCGCUGAAAUUUGGGUACAUUGUUUUGCACCAAGUAAGGACUUGUGGCAACCAGUUUUCUUGAAUGCAGCACUGAUCAUGUUUUGCCUUGAAGUCUCUGCCCUGGCAACCCGUAUUUCCAGUAUAAAGGAUGUUAUACUUAAUGUUUGUCUUGUGCGAAAAUGCAACCAAAACAAUAAAAUAGUG